GCGUCAAUAGUCGACCAAUAACCUGGGUGUCAGACCAACCUGGAGCACCAUUACCUUUAACGCCUAAAGACCUCAUCCAAAACAAUGGGCCGAACGACCUUGGACCAACAGAUUGCGAACUCGACUACGACGACGAAAAAUUAAAUGGACCUGAGAAACUGGCAGCACUCUGGACCGCAUACAGAGAAGCAGCAGACGUCUUUUGGGCCCGAUGGAGCAACGAAUACAUUCUGGCCAUCAGAGAACGUGCUGGUUGGACACACAAAGGACCACGUUCUCAAACAACAUCACCACCAAAGAUUGGUCAAAUUGUGCUCGUCGAGAUGGAUCUUCGUCCCCGCAAUCUAUGGCCUUUGGCAAAAAUCGUCGAACUUAAUGGCUCGUCUAAUGAAAUUCGCAGCGUCAAUCUUUUAACUGGAGAUGGGAAGAUCAUCACUCGACCAGUCAGCCGACUAUGUCCAUUGGAAACUGAAAUCGACGAUCAUAUAGCGACAAACAUCUCAGAAAAUCAAGAGGAAACGCCUAAAGAACCGUCAAAACCAAUUCGUCAACAUCAAAUGACUCUCAGACCACGCAAAUCAGUCGUCAAUACAACAACACUAGUGGCUAUUAUCGUCUUACUCGCCAACAUCCUAGCAUUUG